ACAUCACCAAGAAGAAGACUCCCACUCGCUCCCUUCCUUUUUUUAAGCUAGCGGAACUGCUGUUGUAAAUGUGUCCAUUAAUUUAAUGUUUUGAGUCGAAUGAGCAAACAGAGCUGAAAGACGAGCUGAAUGCGCGUCUCCCAAGAGGAGGAAAGGUUCUGUUUUUGUGUUUGUUUGUAAACAGUAGACUGUUUUCCCCCGCAGUCAUGCACAUCACAGACAGCGUUCUGAGAAGCUUCAGGGUGGCCAGAGCUUACAGAGUCAACUCCAGGAAGGUCAACUGUGUGGACUACAGUCCGAACGGAGAAAGUGCAAUAUCAAGCAGCGACGACGACUGCAUCGUUUUGUAUGACAUCCAGGAAGGAAAGCCUAAGCGGACCCUGUUCAGUAAGAAAUAUGGAGUUGACCUCAUCCGCUACACAUACAAAGAUGCACAGACGGUGGUUUAUAGCUCCAACAAAGUUAAUGAUACAAUCCGACACUUGUCACUCACAGACAACAAGUAUAUUCGAUAUUUUUCUGGUCAUACUGAGAGAGUUAUCGCUCUUUCCAUGUCACCAGUGGAUGAUACAUUUAUCUCUGGUUCCUUGGAUAAGACCAUUCGGAUUUGGGAUCUGCGCUCUCCUGAUUGUGAGGGUCUGACUAACCCACUUGGAAAGCCCGUCUGUUCCUUUGACCCUGAUGGACUGAUUUUUGCUGCAGGAGUAGAAUCGAAAGCCAUUAAGUUAUAUGAUCUUCGUGCUUUUGACAAAGGUCCCUUUGCAUCCUUUGAAACAAGGUUUAGUCGUAUCUGUGACUGGACCGGACUCAAAUUUAGUAACGAUGGGAAGCAGAUUCUCAUUUCAACCAAUGGAGGGAUGAUUCGUGUCCUUAACGCUUUCAAUGGAUCUGUGCUGCACACGUUUUCUGGUUACAACAACAGUAAAGGCAUAUCCCUCGAGUCCUGCUUCACUCCUGACUCACAGUUUGUCAUGACAGGGUCAGAAGAUGGGAGAGUCCAUGUGUGGAGCACAGAGAGUGGGAUGAAGGUAGCCGUGCUGGACGGGAAACAUCCAGGACCCAUCAACACUCUGCAGUUUAAUCCCAGAUACAUGACUUUCGCUAGUGCCUGCAGUAACAUGCUGGUUUUAGAUUCAUACAGAGAACCGGUACAGAGCUGGGACAAGGAUUAUGACCAGUUCCUGCUUCCUUUGCUCACGCCUCAGCAGCCCUGCUACAUCCUUUACCGUCUGGACUCCCAGAAUGCACAGGGAUAUGAAUGGAUCUUCAUUGCUUGGUCUCCUGACCAAUCACCAGUGAGGCAGAAGAUGGUGUACGCAGCGACACGUGCCACACUGAAGAAAGAGUUUGGAGGAGGUCACAUUAAAGAUGAAGUGUUUGGCACAGUCGAGGAUGACCUGAGCUUCCAGGGAUACGUGCGCCACAUGUCGUCGUCCUCCACCCCAGCUCCAUUAACAGCAGCUGAACAGGAAUUACAACGAGUUAAAGUUACAGAGGAUAAAGUUGUGUGGGAUGAACGUAGACGAAUUGGAACCCCAACGGCACGAGCGAGGGUUACAAUGGAGUUUGGCUUAGAUAAAAGGGCACAGACUCUACAGGGUCUUGCAUUCCCUUUACAAGAAGAGGCCAAACGUGCACUGCAGCAACUCAAACAGAAGCACAUCAACUACAUACAGCUGAGACUGGAUGUUGACAGAGAGACCAUUGAGCUGGUUCAUACUGACCCUACAGAGACCCAUGAGCUUCCCUACAGAAUUCCCACAGAUUCACCGAGAUACCACUUCUUCAUCUUCAAGCAUUUCCACCAGGGCCAGCUGCAAGAGGCACUGGUGUUCAUAUAUUCGAUGCCCGGGUACACUUGUAGCAUCAAGGAGCGGAUGUUGUAUUCCAGCUGUAAGAACAGGCUACUGGAUGAGGUGGAGAGAGACUAUCAGCUGGAGGUUACAAAAAAGAUGGAGAUUGACAGCGGUGAUGGUCUGACAGAAGACUUUCUCUAUGAGGAGGUCCACCCGAUGGAGCACACCUUGAAGCAAGCCUUCUCUAAGCCUUGUGGACCAGGAGGGAAGAGGGGCAACAAACGAGUAAUCAAGGGUGCAGGAGAGAACGGGGAGGAAAGUUAGGCAUUCUAUACACAUCUACAGGUAUACAGUGAAACUAAAAAGAUGUCUGUGAAUUGAUUUGUAUUAUUUGAUUCUUUUGUUUCUCGUCAUUUAUUCUUUAUUUUUACUUAAGGGCACACAUUUCACACAGGUAAAAGCUCCUUUAGAAAAUUGUCUGAAUGCAAGUUACUAAAAUGAUUACAGAAUCAAACUGUCAUCAAAAGACACUUUAGUAGCACCUCUGUAAACGGAAAACAAGAAAUCCAUCACUGGUGGUUUCAUUCUAACUAUGGUGAGUGUACAGUCACAUCUCUUGGUUUCUGAUGGUUAACACUGCAAUAAGUUGUAAUUUCAUUCUAAUGUAUAAUGCAGUUUACACUGGUGGCCGUGUGAUGUAAAGUGAAAUACAGUUACGUCCAGAAGUGGUAACGUUCAGCUUUGAGGGGAAUUAAAGUAAAACAGCUGAAUGGUGUUGGAAAUAAACUAUCUUUAGUAACCUACUGUCUAUUUUUAAUGGUUGAGAAAUAUUUAGACAAAGAGCUGUUAAAUUGUUCUCUGACCAGCUGUGUAUUAUUCUUGCAUUAUUCCAUGUGCAAGUAAAAG